AUGGCAGGUGCAAUCGCUCUUGCCAUCCAGGCAAACCAACAUGCCGCCAUUGCAGAGCAGCAGAGCGCCGACCACGACAUCCAGCAGCCAGACGCCCUCUCCGAGCACACGCCGCCCGCCCAGGCAAAGGGCAAGUCGGCAAAGUCCACCCGCACACGCACCGGCUGCCUCACGUGCAGGGACCGCCAUCUCAAGUGCGACGAAGGCUCGCCCAGCUGUCAGAACUGUCUCAAGUCGAAUCGAGAAUGCAGAAAGGGCAUGCGCAUCAACUGGAUCGACACCCAGGUCAAGGCCCCGCCCCAUCUCAUCCCGCCUAGUGACAACUGGGUCGUCGAAUUCAAGGAUGAGUCGCGCAAGACUGCCUCCGAGUACAUAGGGGGCCUUGAGUUGUACCCAGCACGUGGUCCAGCGCAAUCAGCAAACCGCAGCUUCGAGCCGACUACCUACCAAGCCACGUAUGCCCAUCAUCACCGCAUUUCUAAUUACUCGGACAUGGCAUCCGAGUACGGUUCUCAGGGCGGGUACGCUCCUAUGCGAUCGUUUCAAAAUCCUCAACAGCACCAGCUCGCUCACUCAACUCCCUCAGACAACAUGAGCGCACAGGCCUCGGUCAAUGCCUUUAUGACGCCCAAUCCCGAGGACCAUCAUUUGUCUCGCGCUGACCCCCGAGAUCUGCAAGAGCUUGAUGGGCCGGACUAUCUCGUCGACCAGGAGGAGGUGCUGUUUAUGCAGGUCUUCGUUGAAGAGGUGGGCAUUUGGAUGGAUAGCAUGGACGCCAAGAAACACUUCUCGCGCCAACUUCCUUUCCAUGCUCUGAAAGAACCCAUGCUACUAAACGCUUUCCUAGCCUCUGGCGCGAGACAUCUUGCGCUGGUUAACAAGCGGUAUAGUCAAGACCGAGCGCUGAAAUACUACGACAAGGCCACAAAACACCUACUGGACGCAUUGCAGGAUCCAAACCGAGAUACGGUGCUAUGCGCGACCACAGCCGUUAUCCUGAAUGUCUACGAAAUCAUGGGUGAGCGCGCUCUCCAACGCAUGAACCAUAUUGCUGGCGCCCGAGCUCUCAUCAAGGAGUGUGGUUGGAAUGCCCGUUCGAGCGGUAUCGGUGCCGCAUGCUUCUGGCUCAAUGUUGGCAUGGAGCUGCUCAGCUGUUUGCAUUUCAACUGGCAGGUGGCAUGGGAUCCUGAUGAAUGGGGCAUCGAUAUGAACCUUGAGCCUGAGACCGAAUCCGGACGAGAGGAAACUUGGACCCACCGCAUCGUAUACAUUGUCGCCAAAGUCUGCAACUUCCGCGCUUCAAUACCCCGAGAUGAGGAGUCUGCGAAACAGAGUGCGCAAGCGCGAUACGUAAAGUGGCUCGGUCUCACUGAGCUGGCUGACAGGUGGAACACGUGCAUUCCUCGGACGAUGCACCCCAUGGCAUAUCUGUAUCCUGGGCAGACGCUCUCCGGCUCAUGCUUCCCCGAGGUUUGGCUGAUAAAGCGAGCUAGUAUAGUGGCACGCCUGUUCUAUCACACCUGUAUGUGCUUGCUAGCGCAAAUCAACCCUCUCCAAAAUUCGCAUUCUCCGGAGAUGCAUCAAAUGCUUACCGAGCACUCGCAACUCAUCUGCGGUAUUAGCGCCCACGUCAAAGACCGUGGUGUUGCUUCCGUAGCCCUCCGCUCCCUCCAUAUCGCAGCCGAGUGUCUCACCCGCCGAGAUGCUCAAGAAGAAGUCCUCACCAUAGUCGACAAGAUCCGCACAGAGACUGGUUGGCGUGUAGGCUUCAUCAACGAUGAGCUCAAAGAGAAGUGGGGAUGGAACAAUCAGGAGCAUCAGCCGGUACAGGCGCCACAACAACAGCAGGCACCCCCACCGCAAAUGCAAUCUCAGCCACGCAUGUAUCCCAUGAUGAAUCCCUUGGCUGGCGUUGAUUUUAACAACGCUCAGCACCCGUAUCAGGAACACUACAUACCGCCGAACAUUAAUAUCAUGCAGCAGCAGGAUUUGUUGCAACAACACGGGGCAGCACAACAGCACCAACAAGCUUCGAACAACACCUAUCCUUACUACUAG